CGGCGGUUCCCACCUUAUCAUCGGUGGGAAGCCUAUUCCCCCUCAUUGAUACGUCGUCGCCAUCGCGAAAUCAGUCGAAAGCGAAGCGGCAUCCCACAUUAACAGCUCCCUUUGGAACAAGUGUCUGUGAGAACUAUGAGACCUUCCUGCAUCGUGCUGUUUCUUGUAGCCGGAGGGGUACUUGCAGACGCCGGGCGCUAUUCUCCAGACUGGACUUCUCUGGACACUCGGCCGUUGCCUACCUGGUACGACGAUGCCAAAGUCGGCAUCUUCCUACACUGGGGAGUAUUCUCGGUCCCCAGCUUUGGAAGCGAGUGGUUCUGGUGGCACUGGCAGCACGACAUGAACGUCGCGUACCUGAAAUUUAUGCUUGAGAACUACAAGCCCGGCUUCACCUAUCCGGAGUUCGCGCCCCAAUUUACGGCGCAGUUCUUUGACCCGGACCGCUGGGCGGACCUGUUCUACAAGUCUGGAGCUAGGUACGUGGUGUUAACGAGCAAGCAUCACGAAGGGUACACGCUGUGGCCAUCGAAAGUGUCUUGGAACUGGAAUGCUGGGGACGUCGGGCCCAAGAGGGAUCUGGUUGGUGACCUUGCAGCGGCCAUUCGGAAGAAGGGAGAAAAAGUUCGCUUUGGUCUGUACCAUUCGCUUUAUGAGUGGUACAACCCGCUUUACCUCGCUGACAAAGCUGCCAAGUGGACAACGAAUGACUUUGUCAAGGGAAAGACCAUGCCGGAGCUCAGAGAGGUUGUCGAAAGGUACAAGCCGGACGUCAUCUGGUCCGACGGAGACUGGGAGGCUUCAGACACCUACUGGAACAGUACUGAAUUCCUAGCUUGGCUCUACAACGACAGCCCAGUGAGCUCCAGCGUAGUGGUCAAUGACCGUUGGGGCGUUGGCAUACCCUGCAAACAUGGCGACUUCUACAACUGCAAGGACCACUACAACCCAGGAGUACUGCAGAAGCACAAGUGGGAGAAUGCCAUGACCAUCGACAAGGAAUCGUGGGGAUACCGGAGGAACGCGAAGCUAAGUGACUACCACACCAUCGAAGAACUUCUUGAAGAGUUGGCGAGAACCAUAAGCUGCAACGGCAACAUCCUUAUCAACGUAGGGCCCACCAAAGAUGGCAUCAUUGAACCUGUUUUUGAAGAGAGACUGCUUCAGCUGGGCAGAUGGCUGGGUGUGAACGGUGAGGCUGUUUACGGUUCAAAACCGUGGAAGUACCAGAAUGACACGCUCACGCAGGGAAUCUGGUACACAGCCAACAAGGACAUGGAUGCGGUAUACGUAUUUGUCCUCAAGUGGCCGAAGGCCAACAAGCUCUCACUAGAAACGCUCGAAUUGUCACCUGGAGCAACGAUCACCAUGUUGGGCUUUGAGGGUGACCAGCUCGAGUGGCAUCACAACAAACGUGGGAAGAGUGCCACCAGUUCGAGAAAGCUGACCAUCGAGCUUCCAUCACUCACCCCGGAUCUUCUGCCUACACCGUGGGCUUGGGUGCUCAAGAUUCAGGGGGCACUCUAAAGACGACUAAAAGUAACGUCACUCUAGAUUUUCUCACGCUAAUGAGUCUGAACAAUCGUCUUAAAUAGUAUCGUAUCACCUUCCGUAUUACGGUGUUUAAGUCUUGAAGAGUAUAUUAAAGCUAUGAUUGGGGGAUCAAACAGAAAUGACCCUAGCCUGUGUGAGAGACUUCAUGAAGGGAAAAGUUUCGGUCUUGCUGGUUGCUGCUGUUGCCGCCCUUGAGUCCCGGUAGACCCUUGUUGUCGUUGCUUCUGAACGUUUGUUGGCACUUACCAGAGAGGGAAUUGGCGAAGAAUCUGUAUGGUUCGUGGACCUUUCUUCAGUCCGUUAGGAAACUUUGUUUUCUUCUUAGAGUGGUGUACAAACGUCAAAGAAGUAUACGUUUAUUCAAAUAUGCUUACGAAAUAAAGUAUCUAAAUAAA